AUGCGCUCCCGAAGCAGCAGCCUGGAGGAUGUCACCAAGGUCAAGUUGGCCAAAGAAGAACCCUCUGGGCGACCAGAACGCCGGAGUCGCCACCGGGAGCCGCCCGAUGACACCGGCACCAUCCAGCGAAACCACAAGACCACCAAGAUUUGUGGCAGCGGUACUGCAAAGGGGGUGCGCAGGGAGAAGACUAGAGACCUUUCGCGUGAUGAUCUGGUCUUCUUGCUGAGCUUGCUGGAGGGAGAGCUGCAGGCUAGAGAUGAGGUGAUCACUGUGUUGAAGGCAGAAAAAAUUGAUCUGGCCCUCCUGGAAGCCAAAUAUGGGUUUGUCACGCCACCUAAAGUGCUGCAGGCUCUGCAGCGGGAUGCCAUACAGGGCAAAACUGACGGCUUACAAGAAGACAUCUAUGAGCAGCCCAUGGUGGAGCUUGACAAGCUGGUGGAAAAGCAGAGGGAGACGUACCGCCGCAUGCUGGAGCAGCUGCUGAUGGUGGAGCAGGCCCACAAGCAGGCCCUGCAUAAAAUGGCGGACGAGAAGCGCAACCACGGCGACUUUAUGAAGAAGAGCGACGAGUUUACCAAUCUGCUGGAGCAAGAGCGAGAGAGAUUGAAGCUGUUAAUAGAUCAGGAAAAGGCCUACCAAGAACGCAAGGACCAAGAAAACAACAAAAAGGUCGCAAGCCUGAAAGAAGAGCUGACAAAAGUCAAGUCUUUUGCUUUGAUGGUAGUAGAUGAACAGCAACGUCUCAACGAGCAGCUGAAUCAACAGACAGCCAAGGUCCAACAGCUAAGCACUUGCAAUAGACAAGUUCAGGAGGAGCUGAGCUUGGCCAACACAAACCUGCAGGAAGAGACGCAGAAGGUUUGCCGCCUGGAGGUGGAGCUGCGUGAUUCCAUCAGUCGACACCAUCAAGAGCAGGAGACCAUUAUGGCCAAGCUGACAAGUGAGGAUGCACAGAAUCGGCAGUUACGUCAGAAGCUGUCCGCACUGAGCCGGCAGCUUGAUGAACUGGAGGAUACCAACAAGACACUGCGUCGAGCAGAGGAAGAGCUGCAGGAGCUAAGAGACAAAAUUAGCCGCGGUGAAUGUGGAAACUCCAGCUUCAUGUCAGAGCUGGAGGAGUUACGGAAAAGAGUGCUUGAAAUGGAGGGAAAGGAUGAAGAACUGAUUCGCAUGGAGGACCAUUGCAAAGACCUCAACAAGAAAUUGGAAAAAGAAGCCAGCCAGAGUGACAGUUUGAAAGCUGAAGUUGAUAAACUGAAUCACAGACUAAUAGAGUUGGAAAAACUCGAGGAUGCAUUCAGUGAGAGUAAACAGGAAUGCACCUCACUAAAAAGUAACCUUGAGAGGGAAAGGACUGUGUCAAAGGCUCUCUCUGGUGAACUGGAAUCAUUGAAAGCUCAAGUUAAAGACCUUGAGUGUGCUGAAAAGCAGCUAGAGAAGACAGAGUUGUCAUUGAAGGAGGAUCUUACCAAGCUAAAGACACUGACAGUCAUGUUGGUUGACGAGAGGAAGGCCAUGACAGAGAAGCUCAAGCAGAUGGAGAACAAGGUACAAAACAGCACAGGUAAACUUCAGGCAGAACAGGAUAAGGUUACAACAGUCACAGAAAAACUCAUUGAAGAGAGCAAGAAAGCUCUGAGGUCAAAGACUGAACUGGAGGAGAAGAUGUGCGAUGCCAAGAGGGAGCGGGAUGAACUGAAGGCUAAACUAAGGGAUGAGGAGGAGAAGAACAUCGAUUUGGAGUCAAAAAUCAAUAUGAUGAAAAAAAGGUUGCAAUCACUAGAAACUAUCGAAAGAGACUUUUUAAAGAGCAAAAUCAAAGAGGAGCAUGUAAAAACACCCAUAACCAACCGCUUCCAACAAGAGGACAACAAAGUCAAAGACUUGACCCAAGAGGUUGAGCGCCUUCGACGGAAACUCAAAGAUGUAAGGGUUGUAGAUGGUGGCUUAUCAAAAAAAGAGGAGCAGGAUUCCCUGGAAAAGAGAUUCACGAAUGAACAGGAAAAAGCCAAGGCUUUGAUGAAGGAGCUAGAAAUGUCCAGAAAGGAACUUUCCACAUAUCAGCUAGCAGAGAAGAAUGAGACUAACCAAGAACAUAUUAUGUUCAAACGCCUGAAAGAAGAAGAGGCGAGGUCCAGUCAUUUGGCACAGGAAGUUGCGGCCCUCAAAGAGAAGAUCCAUGAAUACAUGGGACAAGAGGAGUCCCUAUGCCGCAUGAGGACAGACCAAACGACUUUGCGAAGGAAGCUUACCCAACAGGAAGUAAGAAACAAAGAACUGGCUCGAGAGAUGGAGACGCUCACUAGGGAGCUUGAACGAUAUCGAAGAUUUAGCAAAAGUUUGCGCCCUGGCAUGAAUGGAAGGCGCUUUUCAGAUUUGCACCUUGCCACCAAAGAGGUCCAGACUGAGCCUGAUGACCUCUUGACUGAGGUGCCAUUAGAACAUUUCAUUCAUAAUGGGAAGCUGCGUGACAAGGGUAAAUCUGAGGACUACGAGAUAUACAACAAAUGUGGUCCCUCCCUCGUAAAUACAAUCAAUAACCUCAAUAACAACAUGAAAAGAGUCCCGUGUGCUACAUCCAAUGAGGGUCCUCCCCAGCUCAAGGGCAAAUUACAGCAACGACCAAGUAGUAACUAUGUACAGGCUGGAGAUGUGUUAUUGACACACAGUCCUGGCCAGCCUCUGCAGAUUAAAGUGACACCAGAACACGGACACAAUACAGCAACGCUUGAGAUCACCAACCCAGCCGCAGAGAACACACCGUCCUUUACCAGCACUGCCAUCAUACCCACAAGUGGAGGCCCACCUAAACAGAGAAUUACCAUCAUCCAGAACACAGCCAUUUCCCCCACUGCAAAAUGUGCAGGUUCACCAAUAUCAGACAGGCCUUGCUCGCCAGAAAUGGUGCUCUCUCCUCUCAACAUGACAGCAUAUUCCAGAGCUCUGACCCCGGACUCUUGCAGCUCUCUCACCCCCGACAGAGCUAUGUCUCCUAUCCAAAUUCUUUCCGUCACAACAGGUACCCCUGACCGGACUGCCUCAGCAGAGCCGGUUGAGGUCGCCGGAGGGCAUGCCAUCUUCCAUGUGAGCCCUGAGAGGCAGAAUGGCUGGAAGGUGCAGCGGUCCAACAGCUCCGGGCCAAACGUCAUCACCACAGAGGACAACAAAAUUCACAUUCACUUAGGAAGCCCCUUUAUUCAGAGUGUCGGUUCGCCAGCUCAGAAGGAGCAGAGAAUUGUUAACGGCAACAUUGCAACCCCCAAAAGCAAGGGUAAAGUCAUGAGUAGUAUCAUGAUUAAGCCCACCGCCGCUCAAACCCAACGGCAGUCACAGAUUACAAUACCUCAAGAAUCAUUCCGACGCCCAGGGCCGACACGGAUCCCCAAACCAAAGGGCUUCACGUCUAUUAAAGGGACAAUUGGCAAUGGGACAUUGCAGAUUAAGAGCCAGUUAUUGCACACUCCUCUCAGCAGUGGCAAAGACCAGGCUGGUCAUGCACAGAGAACCAACAACAACAAUCCAAACCUCGCUAACCGCAGACUUUAG